CCUCUUGGAGUGUUAUUAAUUAAUACCAAUGAUAAAACGCGGGUGUAGCUAGCUAGCUACCCUAUCAGAUGUAGCCAUUUAAAUCCCAGGCACGGACAAAAAAAAAGCGAGCAAGGUUGCGGCUGUUCUGCAUGUCAUGAUCCGUGUGGGCGCUGCCGACGGGACCGGGGGUGGACGGGGGGAGGUCCCUGCGCAGGUCUGGGCGACGACAGACGCUGGCUGGUCGUUCAGCGUGCACUUCAACGUUCCGUACAAGGCAAACGUCCGGGUGCACUCUGGAUACUGACAGAGCGCGUCCAUGGCUACUUUGGUCGUAGGGGGGCUAGCCAUAUUGGCGACACGGAGGCACACUGUUUGUACAGCAACUAAGUCUGCAGACAAGGACGAGGGGGAGCAUUCGUUGUCCGACUGGGGGGAUGUUGUCGUUGUGGAUGCAGUGGUGGUUUGGAGUGGGGGGGCGGGGUCGUCACAGAGGGUGGUAAACGAGGUGGCCGGCGCGCCGUUGAUGGCACAGGUCAAGGCAGCAUAUUGUUUGAGACUGGCGACGCAAAUCGGAAAGCUGCAGUAUAUUUUCAAAAUCGCGACCGUCGUCACGUUCGCCACCGACGUGAUGUUGGACACUUGUUCGCACUUGAGUUUAAUAAGGGCUAGCGGCUGCAGCGCGUCCGUACUGCACGGCACUAGAGGGUCUCCUGGUGUCGUCGUCGGGGACGCUGAAGGCGACGAAGGGAGGGUGUCGACCAGUCGAGGGGUGUAGUUGUCGCAGUUUCGUGCGAUCACAGAAGUCGGGAUGCCCUGGCUGGUGCAAUUGACGAGGUCGUGGGCCCGAAUGUACGACCGGCACGCCGGAAAGAAGCAGAUUUUCGUGGCUUCGCUCGUGUUGGCCAGAUUGAGCCCCGACUCGGCCGUGCACUUCUUGUACAGUGGCAAGAUACCCGUGAUGUCGUCCGAGGUGCAUGGGCUAGCUAGGCAUUGCUCCGUCCAAAGCACUAAUAUGACGCCUAGAAGGCCUAGCAAACGACAUGCUUGCGCCAUGACAGGCGUUCGUCGAUGGUUGGUUUUCGA